CCCAACGAAGGGUAAGGCUGCAACAAGGAUCCACUCGAACGCACGGAACCACAAAUGCACCGUGGGAACGGCGGAGCAAUAUGCAAGCGGAUGGUGAUCAAGUAGACGCAGUCGUCGAAGAUGAUGCACCCAUACAAGCGAAAUCAAUGUCGAGGACGCAGGCUGGUGAAACAAACGAAAUUUCGCAGCAACUUGAUUCGCCUGCGCAACCCGACAGCGAGCGGUCGCAACGGAAUACCAAUCAAGGGCCUCUGAGGAGUCCACCUAAUACUUCCUCAUCGGGAAAUCAAGAGCAGACUAGCGAUACUGCGAGGGGAAGGAGUGAGAACGUGCAUGAACAAAGCUUGGGUGUCGCGUCAAAUGAACAUGGUGCUACACCAGAACCACUGCCUUCUUUUUCCGACGCCGUCGAGUCUCCUUCCCGCCAAGCUUCUCAAGUAACACAGCCGUCGUAUGAGGACAGCACCGCUCUUCCCGCAGCUAACGCAGCUGCAAACGCGGCUGUCCACACGUCAAGCAUAUUGCCGGCCCUAGAGCAAGUGCGGUCAGCGUAUAGGUUUCCUCUCCAGGGCCCAGACAGUUCACGGGAGAGAAACGUAAGCGGCGCCUAUGAAGCACCGGAUGAUGGUGCGCUUUCUCCACAGCCAGCGACAGAGGUCGACGCCUCGGACGCCACUGAAAACGCACGAAGGCGCGUCGUAAGACCAAGUUUGGAACGCUUGGUUGGCGCACAUACACGAAGGAUGAGGCUCGGCCAGCAAUACGAAGCAAGCAUAAGGGUGCGCGUUCCUCCAGACCUCGAAGUCUUGGAACAAGGGCCCUGCCGAUUUACGCUAAUACUUGCCAAUGACGAAGCCGGAGUGCCGGAAGGAACACAUCAUCUUGCCGAAUGGGAAACGUUCACAAGGGCACUGCUGGCUGUUCACGUUUGUAUUCACCGCGUGACCGUGCUCAUCUCGGCAGUGUCCAGGUCACCCAGAAACUUCUACCGGGGCUUCAGUUUGCGAGACGGUACCGCAGUGAUCUUCGUUGAAGUCUCUGCAUUUCGUGACCCGUGCAUAGAGUUUGUGUUACCGUAUUUGCGGAAUCUAUGUCGACUAGGAAUGGCCGAAGAGGCUGGUAUAUGCUUUCAAGACAUGGUUCUGCUUAAUCGUGACGUCCGAGGGCAGGAGAUGUUCCGUGAAUUGCUCCAGAUGGAUGAUCGUCUCGAAUUGGACAAUAACAACAGAAACCUCGUACGAAUAUUGGACACUACCAGGGAGAUGCCCUUUCUGCGCCAGCUCGUAAUAUACCUCCACAACACUGGCAGUGGACCAUCCGAGCCUCGACAAAUCUCGCUGAACCUGACGCUCCACUUUUCCACUGACGCUCGGAGACUGAGGUACGAGGUCGACGCAACCUACGCCCCCUUCCUGCGCUGCCAAUGCGCCAAUGACCGUGGCGUAAGCACAACGACAGGUGUUGAGACAAGCAUAAUACCGACACUCAGCGCCCGUCGCGAACUGACAUGUUCCACAGGUGACUUGGUGCCGUACAUAGUUAGUGUUACGCACCCUGCAAUGCAUGGUACUUAUGUUAUUCAUGUGCUUUCCAUAGUUUGGAUGCGUGCUGGAGAUUAGCGUCAAUAGAUUUGAGAAUGAUAAGAGGGUUUAGACGAACUGCAAAAGGUUUUGGAAGGUAAUCGGAAAUUUGUGACAAGCUUAACGGACGCCGUUCUCGCCGUUGUACAACACUGACAGCUGAUCUAAGAAUGUGCCUGAGUGCAGAUACGUCAGCAACGUUAUGUUUGCUCCAAGUGCGCAUUUUUAUAGAUUGACAAACUUACGUUCCUCUUUCAUUAGAGGCAUGCGAAAAUGUAGAGCCUAUCCAGAUUUUGAAAUUCAAUAUUGUUUGCGACAAGGCUAACGAUGAGAUCUAAAUAAGUCACGCCGCUUACCUGAAGCAAUGGUGAGCCUAACGCAACAGAGAGUAAUCAUUGGAUGUUAGAUAAAAGCAAUUCUAAAAGUAUGUCAUCGGGUUAUGUGUAUUUGUGCUUCCGCAGGUGCGUUGGUGCAGUGACGGCUUGUUUAAAGCAAAAUUGCCUCUAUGAAUGUCAGAAUUCUUUUAAAUGCUUUAAGAGCUGAUCUGCAAAAUAUCAAACCUAACACAGAACCCUCUUUGGAGUAUUAAUUGAGGUCCUUUCAUGACAAAAUUACCGAACGUGUCAUUACUAACAAUGAAAAAGUAAACGUAUUUUAAUACUCGAAUGGCUGCGAUUUCCACCUCAUUAAGGCCACCAUUUGAUCGUAUAGUGAAGAGCGUAUGCAUUUACGAGUGUCACUGGUGUUGCCGUUUGAGAGAGAAAAUGUGCGAUUUACACGCAGGAAAAUGGUCGCUAUAAAAAAUUUUACUGGUAAUGGUAUUAGGCUAAAAUAACUCCAAUAUGCUAAAUUGACUUCGCAAUGAUGAGCUUCGUGACUGAUGCUGAACCAUAGCAGCUACACGGACAUUAGAAUGCAGUCAUUGAGCGCUCCAGCGA